UGGAGUUUCGAACCUUGGGAUAGAUCCAAUUUUUGAAUUCAGUGCAUCAGCUCAAAGCAGCCAUGGGGCUGAUGAAGAUCUUGAGGAAGAUGAAGCAGGAGGAGAAGGAGAUCCGACUGCUGAUGUUGGGCCUGGACAACGCAGGCAAGACGACCAUCUUGAAGAAGUUCAACGGAGAGCCGGUAGACACCAUUUCCCCAACGCUGGGCUUCAACAUCAAAACUGUGGAGUACGAAGGGUAUAAGCUGAACAUUUGGGACGUUGGUGGGCAGAAGACUAUCCGAAGCUAUUGGAGGAAUUACUUCGAGGCCACGGAUGGGUUGAUUUGGGUCGUGGAUUCGGCCGACCGACAGCGAUUGGAGGACUGCCGACAGGAGUUGGAAAGACUUCUUCAGGAAGAACGUUUGGCAGGUGCGACGCUGCUGAUCUUUGCCAAUAAACAGGAUCUUCCAGGUGCCAUGAGCGCCGCUGAGAUUCGAGACUUCUUGCAGCUGGAGCAGAUCAAGCGACGCCACUGGUGCAUUUUGGCAUGUUCGGCUUACACCGGGGAGGGCCUCUUGGAAGGAGUGAAAUGGCUUGUGGCAGACAUUUCAUCGCGCAUUUUCUGCCUGGAUUAAUUGGUCCAGAUGGAAA